AUGGACAGUAGAGUUGAUGGGUCAGCUGCCAACGAUUUUAGUUUACAUGACAGGACCAACGACGGAACAAACAAGGAUCAUCAGCCCGAAGACACACCACAAGGAAACGUCGAUGAACCUGGAGUUGCUCUAGACAGCAUAAUCUCAAAGCAAUUAGAGAACAACGAAUUAACAGGCGCACAGCCCAGAACACUUCAAGAGAACGGUUCAGAGUAUGUCGACAGGGAGGGCGAAGGAGUGAAGGAAGUAGUGCGUACGGCUGAGGACGAGCAUACACCAACGACAAAGGGUAUUCAGCAAAGUGAACCGCUGGACAAAAAAUACUCACUUCCAAAAGCAAAGAAAACUAGCGAUUCCGAAUUCGACGAAGUGGUUACGCCACUGACAUCGACAGAGAUUCGCGGAGUUCAUACGGAUGAGGAAAUUAAGGGAUCCGAUCACGAAUCAUUGGCAAGCGACAGCGGCGAAGACAAAGACACAGACACGACUGGCUCUUCCAACACGCUUGCAGCUACUUUGGAUAGUAUGCAUGAGCACCAUAGGGAAGAACUACUGGAAGAACAUAGAGCGUUACUAGAACGCCGCCACAAAGCAGGACAUUUGAAUAUGCAGCUUCAAACGACUCUAUCAGAACAUUUUCGCAGAAGGCGAGUAGAGGGCGGCGACAGCGCUCAUUCUAACAUUGACAGCAUGACAAGCAGCAUUAUUGAUACUGGGAUAGACUACACUUCGCGGUAUGCCAAGCACAUGGAAACUCUUGCUCAGGUGCGUAACCAGUUUAUGGAACAAAAAGAGCGCCUAGAAAAAGAAAUAAACUCACUAAAGAGUCUCUCCAGCUAUAAAACUAAUAAAGCCGCAAAUAAGCAAGCAGAGUUAGUUGAAUUUUUACUGGAUCAGGGGAGGAGGGCCAUCAGCUCAAGAACUGGUCGACCUCUUCCCAUUGAACAUUAUAAAAACUUAAUUGAAAUGUGGCAAAGGAAAACAGCAAAUGUUGCUGCUGAGAGAUUGGAAAAUUUGAAAUUGCAAAGACAGGUCGAGAAAAUAAAUGCCGCUUUUAAAGCAUACGACCUCUCCGAAAGUCUUCAUCUGAUCGAUUUUGAACAGAUGAAAAUUGAAAAUCAAACCUACAACGAGAAAAUAGAGGAAAGGAAUGAAGAAACAGGAAAAUUAAGCCGUAAAAUUAUGAAUACGGUACAGAUGAUCGCACAUGCAAGAGAGAAGCUGCAAUUCUGUCAGGCUGAAAAUUCGCAACUUAAAGACCAACUAAAUCUAUGGACAGAGAAGUCUAGCAACGGUCGUGACGUCCUCAGCAAGCUGAAGCAGAGUCGUGAUGCUUUAAAAGCCAAUUACGCGGUGCUGAUGCGAGCCUGUGGCCUUCUGGGGCGCCCAGAAAUGCUACGAGGUUAUGAGCAAUCAGUAAAUGAUGUAGAAAUGAAGAAACACGAAAUCUUGAACAUGAAACAACUAGCACAAAAACUUCAAGUAAAGACGAAAAUCUAUGAAGACAGAAUUUCCCACGAGAGGCAGCGACUGGAAGGUACGCACAGCGGCGAUGUUAGAGCAAAGACUAGUAAAUAG